AUGGCUGCUUCUGUAUCUCAGCAGGAGAAGCCAGGCAAGCAUAUAACACAGGAAUGACUUACUGACAGCCCUGCUCCACCCCUCAUUUCCCUAUCUGCUCUGCCACAGCAAGAGAUCCCUCCCUGGAAUCUAUAUAUUCACAGAAAUAAGAGCCACACAGCUGGAGUGCUACAGUGUUAAAAGACAAGAAUUCCCAAGAAAACCAAGAACAUGGCUGAGGGGGAUAUUACAACUUUCAACCCAAUGACGGAGACGUUUAACCUUCCCAUGGGGAAUUACAAGAAACCAAAGCUCCUUUACUGCAGCAAUGGAGGGUACUUUUUGCGUAUACUUCCAGACGGAGUGGUGGAUGGAACAAGGGACAGGGAUGACCUGAACAUUAGAUUACAACUUAGUUCAGAAAACAUUGGUGUGGUGUGUAUCAAGGACACUGGCUCUGGGAAUUACUUGGCUAUGGACUCCACUGGCCUUUUGUAUGGAUCGAUGACGCAGAAUGAGGAAUGCCUGUUUCUGGAGACUGUAGAAGAGAAUAGCUACAAUACAUACAAGUCAAAGAAAUAUGCUGAGCUCAAUUGGUUUGUCGGCAUUAAGAAGAAUGGGACAAGCAAGCGUGGAUCGCGGACUCAUUACGGCCAAAAAGCCAUCCUGUUCCUUCCAUUGCCAGUGUCUAGUGACUAGACACCUCCCAGUGACUAUGGUUACUUGCUAUAUGUGGUAUUGCUGUAAAUAAUUGCAUAGUGUUCAAAGACCAAAGUAAGGUAUAAAAGAGAAGUGCUUAUAAACCCUAGUGUUAUACAAAAUGCAUUGAAGUCCAGGAGGCAGAAGUUACAUUCUAACUAUAUUCCAGGGAGAUGAUUCUUGAUGAAGUGGUCAAUUUUGAGGAAUUAACAAUUACAGAUACCAGUGAAAGACAAGGGCCCAGAUUUACUAAUCCUAUCAAUGGAGUCAACUAAAGGUUAUUUUACAUGGAUGGAUAGGCAAUUAUCAGGAAUAAAGUAAACAUUCCUGAUCAUUGCCUGAUCAUCAGCAGAGAUGAGCACUAGGUUUCUAUUCAGCAAUUACCUCCGCUGUAUGGUGACAAGUGAUGAAUACAGCGAUUGCUUGCCCUCAGAGAAUCAUUGAUCACUGUUUAGACAGCACAGAAACAAUGAUUUUUGGUGAUGGCAGAUCAACAGGAGCACCAGAUGAACAAGUGUUUUCUUGUUCUUUGCGAGAUCACUGGCACUUUUUACACAGGUAAAUUACCGGGAACAAACAUUUCUAUAAAUGCUCAUUUCCGAUAAUCAGCCUGAAUAACAGUCCAUGUAAAAAGACCUUUAGACAGGCUGUCUAGACCUGCACCAGAUUUAUCACAACGGCAGACACUUUGCUCUGACUCUAUAUCAACUAUUAGUUGGCUUACUUUGAGAAAGAACUUUGGUGCAUCUUAGGUCAUGCCCCUUCCCACAAAGCCUAACCUCUUUUAAAUAAGCCCGUCCUUUUUGACCAUGUUGGAAAAAAAAAGCAAAACCCAAGUUCCACCAAUGCAUCUGGGCCAAGGGCUUUGAGAUAUACUACUGACUGUG